AUGACUACCUGCGAGAUGCAAUGGUCUCCGCACAACUUUGGCACUUGCAAAGGGUUAUAUCUUUACAAGCAAUUUGACAUGUGUGCGCUGGAGAACUUAUGCGCUGCCCUCGGUCGUCAUGUCUCUCUUUCGUUAAAAACAGUCACAUGCACAAUUUGGAAGAUCACAUUCAAAACCAUGUUUCCCACCAACACAUUGCCUAAUACAAGUCUUUUUGAAGGUGAUAAUGGUCGCUUAAAUAUAAGCUUAAAUAAAUAG